CUUUUCUCGCCCUUCCGCUUGUCGUCCUCUUUCGACUCUAACCUCUCCGCUCGAUUCCGACCCUCCCGCCCGGAAACCCUACUUAUUCCCUCUCUCUCCUCAUUAAUGGCUUCGGCAGCCUUCAAAUCCAGCACCAAGAGGUCCACGAUCGGCGGUGCCGCCGAGGACGCUGGCUCCGGCAACCGCCGCGGCGGCAGCCACCGCCGGUCGAGGAGCCUCAGCUGCUACUCCGGCCGGAUCCCACCGCCUCCUCCUCCCGAAUCGGAUGAGUUCCCGUCUCCGAGAGCUAGAUCGGUGAAUAGGGCGGGUUUCCCUGAGAUUAGCCUCGAUGAUCUCGCCUACGAGUUCUUUGGAUCCAAAGGGAAGGAGGACAAGGAUGUGAUGCCGGCGGUAUUCCGGUCCGGCAGACCGGGUGGCUGCGUCAGCUACGGGGCAGAGACGGACUCAUUCCGCCGGCGGGGGAGGUCGGUGUCGAGGCACUCCAGCCGGACGGCAGAGGAAAGGAAGGGCAUUUUGGAAAAAGGUGGUGGGAGCAAGGGCGUUUCUGAGAGCAGAUACGGGAGGCAGCGCUCUGUGUCAGCUGCUCGCCAUCGUUACAGCGACUCCGUGAGCCAUUCAUCUGCACUAACUGAUGAUGAAGCACGGAAUAGUCGUAGGCGUAGAGGUGCAACUGAGAAGACCAUACAAGCAGAUUAUGCCCAGAGAAUGAAAGAACACCUUAUUGAGGAUGGUAAGGAGACUAGAUUGUAUGAAGCCAUGCGUAAAGAAGUAAGGCAUGCAGUUGAAGAGAUCAGAAUGGAGAUUGAAAAGAUGAUGGUGAAAACAGAGUCCUCAAUCAUGUUUAAUGGUGAAUAUAAUCUGUUAAACAACUCAAAUGAUUCUCAAGUUAUUGCUGAGAUCAGAAGAAAUUACACCACCAAACUGGAGCAGUCAAAGAAAAGUGUGUUGGACUUGUUGGCUGAAUUAUCAGUCAAGGAGCAAUUUGGUCAGGAGCUCACGAGCACUGUUAGAGAGUUACUUCCUAUUCCAAAACAAACAUCUGUGCCGGAGAGUCCAUCAUGGUCCAGAAGAAUGAGCAAUGACAGAACUAGGACAUCCAAACGUUUGACUGAAGAUGCAGGGAAAUAUAUUGAGGAUUUUCUAUUAAAUGUUGAAGAUACAGAUUUUUCAUCCUAUGAUGGAGAAAGAAGUGAAACGAGUUCUACUACAGGAGGGAGUGCUAAGAUCAGAGAUUUCAUAAUGAAUAAUACUCGAGCAGAAACUCAUGAAAGUCUGAUAGAAGCUGCUUCCAUGCCCGUUGAGACAGAUGGGGUUGUACUACCUUGGUUGCAGUGGGAAACUAGUAAUGAUGGUCCGCCAACACCAGGCCAAGGCAAGAUCUUCUCAGUGGUUCCAGGGAAGAAGCUGUUUCCUGAAGUAAAGGAAGCAAAUGGUGAAUGUGAUGACACUAAUUAUUUAAGAAGCAGUCUUGGUAGCUGGAGUCCAGAAGUCAAUAGCAGCUGCUCAAUUGUUCUUGGAGACAUUGCAGGCAGCAGCAUAUCUGGAGAAGUAGGAAGCCUUCAUAAUAGCUGCUCUAUUACCAGAAAAAAAGAAUAUUUAUUUGACUUGGAUGACUAUGUACAUCUUCAAAUUGGCGAAGAUCACCUCUUAGAGAGGUUUAGGCAGAAACAGAGAAUAGAUUCAGGUAGUUUAAUAUUAUGUGGAAGAACUUUCAUUUAGAAUCGAUUAGGUCUAUGAGAUGAUGAUAUAAAGAGAUUAAAUGCGAUUAAAUGCUU